AUGGUCGAGCGCCUCCACCGGGCUCUCAUGGCCGCACUCAAGUGCACCACCCUGCCUUGGGUUGAUGCACUGCCUUCAGUACUUCUUGGCUUAAGGACAACUUACAAAGAAAACCUGAAGGCCUCUCCAGCAGAGAUUGUCUACGGCACCUCACUCCAGGUCCCAGCAGAAUUUUUUACAACGACUACUUCCAAAGCGGACAGCUCAACGUUCGUAAAAGAUGACAAAAUCAAGAAACUACUGGAGCAGCCACAUACAGGCCCCCAUCGUGUCAUCAAUCGCAACGAUUCAAGAACGUUCACAGUUGGAGUUGACGGGGAAGCCGAAGUCGUCUCUAUAGACCAAUUGAAACCAGCCCACUUAGAGCUAGCAGAGCCGCCCUGUACUGCUGAAGACACCUUACUUCACUCGGUCUUAUCCGAGCCUGUGGACCCGCCGCCCGUGCCUUCCAGCAAUCCAAAACAGCCAGGGCGAUCCGUAUCGUUCGCAGACCCCCCAAAGCUUCUCACUGAAAGGGGAGUGGAUGUGACAACUCAGCAAUGUGUGCAAGCUGCACACUCAAGGCGCAAGCAGCUGCUGACACCUCGUGUCUCCUUCUAA